AUGAAUCCCACUGAAAAUAACGACACUCUGGCUAAUCCUGAGCACGCAAUGUCAAAUAUCUCUGCCAUGAAUCCAUUCCAUGUCAUUCCAGCCGAGCAACACUACCAUCCAAUGCUAAACUAUAGAGAAGCAGUAUCAAAUUAUGAAAAUAUCGUAGAAUCAGACUAUAUCGGCCCAGCAAAUAAUAGUGUCAUGAUCCAACAUCAGCAAAUGACACACGGAGAUGGCUUAUCUUUAUCUGGGGCUUCAGUUUGCUCAUCAAUGGAUAUACGCACUCCCGAUAUUCAUCCGGUUUACAGUAAUGGCAACAGCAUCCCAGCUGAGAUGGUGGGACAAGCUAUCGCCACUCAGUCUACAUUUAGAGAUCAAGUAGGAUCCCCAACAAUUACAAAUGCGCCAACUCAACAGUGGCAUCAACAUCAGGACACUUCCAUGAUAUCGACUUCUACUACAGACGCCUCUAUCGAUCCAUCCAUGGAUUUGAGCUACCCUCCUUCUAUCCAUUCCGAAGAAAAUGACGAAUCCUCAUCUAAUUCAUGCAUUUCAGAAAUCGAAGAAAAAAUGGUGUUGUACUGCGAUUCCCCAUACCUGCUAGUGGAGACAAACGAAGAUGGUUUAUCAUCGUCAUCAAUGCGCAAAUCUCCUAAUAAUCGUCGUAACACUGUAUCAUCAUUUCCUUGUACAGACGAAUGGUGCGACCCGACCGAAAAGGAGUUGCGAAGACAAUCGAUGAACUCCUUCUUAAUCAAGCCAAGAGUUAAAUUAGAAGAACAGCAAGAAAAAGAAGAGUCCAAUUCCUUGUUUUGCCAUUUGUCAAGGGAAGAGCUUAUUCAGCGUGUGGUUCAGCUUGAAAGGGAAAAGCAAUUAAACUCCAAGCUAACAGGAUCUACCGCCGCCGCCGCCGCCGUGGCCUCAUCCGAUAAAGAAGGACCCAAUUCUCCUCCAAAUGCUCACCAUACGGCGGAAGGGUCUGACGAAGAUGAAGUUCACCCAUGUCGAUGGUCUGGCUGUGACACCUCGGCAACAUCGCUUGAUCAGCUGAUUGCUCACAUCAAGGAUGUUCAUAUUGGCAGUGGCAAGGCUGCUUAUUUCUGUGAAUGGAAAUCUUGUCCUAGGGAGCGAAAGCCCUUCUUGAAGCGUCAUAAAAUGCAAAACCACAUGCGAACACACACUGGAGAGAGGCCCUUUGAAUGCCAUGUAGAAGGUUGUGACAAGAGAUUCUCAAGACCUGAUUCUCUCAGUACACAUGUCAAGACGCAUUCUAGUAUUCGACCAUUUGCGUGUUUGUUUGAGAAUUGCAGUAAGGCCUAUUUCCAUUCAAGAUCGCUUCGGAAGCAUACAAAAUCACACGAAGCUGCUGCUGCUGCUGCUGCUGCUGCAUCCAAUGUUGCUACCACUACCGCUACUGCCACCUUGGCUUCUGCUCAUAACACUAUUGUCACAAACAUAACAGAAGUGGACAUCAAAGAAGAGGACGUCAUUGUUCAUCGACAGCAUCCCUAUGAUCGAUCCCUGAAGCCCAGCAGAUACUAUCGUCAGCAAACAACGUCUUGUGGAUCUGAGGCGCGACAGCAACAACAAACGCCUCCACUUCGAGUGAUGGAGUCGGCGAAUUUUGCGCCAAUGAUGAUAAAUACCGCAUUAUUGCAACAACAAACACAGCAACAAGCUUACGGCAAUACGACGAAAAUGAUGGAGAUUUGCGAACCAGCACCACAGGAACAACAAAUAUUUGCAGCAGGCUCUGCUUAUAAUGAUGACUAUAAUUCACACGCUGUUGAGCAGCAGCUAUUUCAACAUCAUCAACGACUGCAGCAACAGCAAUUGCUCGGUUAUCAGCAACAGCAGCUUUCAUAUCAACCUCCCCAGCAUUCACAAGCAUAUGUUUCAUACAGUAAUAAUCAACCGUUGUCUGUACAACUGCAUGUACAACAACAAUCAUCAUAUCAUGGCUACAAUUACACUAUUUAUUAG